AGCAAACUGCAGGGGCGUGUGGUUAAUUGAAAUCGAUCCGGUGGUCUCUUUUUGAAUGUGACGCAGCAGCAGAGGUUCUUUCUCCUCUCCUCUCCUCUCCUCCUCCCCCCCAUCUCUCACCUCCAACAUGACUUCACUGUCGGGGACCAAGGAGAGGUCUGUGAGCAGCCGGAGCAGAAAAUAUGGGAUGCCUGAUACUUCACCAACCAAAUCUGCCUCCUUUUUCCCUGACACGUGGUACCGAAAGGCCUAUGAGGAAACCACCCGGUCCAGCACACGCCCCAACCCGGAGGGUGCCGGCUCCAUGCCAAGCUCCACAGGCACCCCGUCCCCAGGCUCAGGAAUCUCUUCACCGGGGUCCUUCUCUGGAUCACCAGGGACCAUCUCUCCGGGGAUUGGAACAGGAUCGCCUGGUUCUCUAGGUGGCUCCCCGGGUUUUGGUACUGGAUCACCGGCCUCAGGCAGUGGAAGUUCCCCUGGGAGUGAAAGAGGGAUAUGGUGUGAGAACUGUAAUGCUAGGCUGACAGAGCUGAAAAGACAAGCACUGAAACUGCUCAUCCCUGGACCUUAUUCCAGCAAGGAUCCCUCCUUCUCCCUCCUCCUCCAUGAUAAGCUUCAGGUGCCUAACAGUUCUCGGCGGGCGUGGAAUGAACGUGACAGUCGCUGUGAUGUCUGCGCUACUCACCUCACUCAGCUCAAACAGGAAGCUGUGCGCAUGGUCCUCACUCUUGACCAGUGGGAUUUGUCUCCCACCUCUUCCCCCCCUGCUUUGAUUGGACGAUAUGGAUCUCAAGGACCUCCGGGUCCACUCGGAGCAUCUGGAGUACCAGGAGGCCCUGGAUCUCGGGACUGGUCUCCUCCUUUUCUUCCUUCCUCAUCCUCCUCAGCAGCUGCUGCUGCUUCAUAUCCUCCUCACCAAUCGUCCCAGUCACCUUCCCCAAGCCCAAGCCAGACGCCAACGCCCAGCCCGAGCCACGGACCAUCCAACGCCAGCCAUGGGAGUCCCUCAGUGGGGCAAACGUCCAGCUGUGCUCCCACAAACCCACAACCUCAAGGUCCAGGGCACAGACUGGGGUCCAAGCCCAGCUCUCUGGGGCUUGGAGGUGGGGUAGACAGAAGGAAUGGGUCCCCCAGUUCAGGAAAAGCAGCUGGUGCCCAGCAGCAACCAGUAACUGGAGUAAACAGCCCCAGCAAUAACAGUGGUAACAGCAGUAAUAACGGGAGUGGAGCAGUACUGAGUACAGCAGCUCUGCAGGCCCAUCAGCACAUGAACCGAACUAAUGGAGGAGUGACACUCUAUCCGUACCAGAUCUCCCAGAUGAUCUCUGAGGCCUCCAGAGAAGGACUGACUGAAGCUGCUCUGAACCGCUACAACACACACUCUCCUUCACACACAAAUUCACCAUCACACACAAACUCUCCCUCUCACACUCCAGCUGUAACCACCACGGCACCAACUGCCACCUCGGCCGCUGCCUCUUUCUUUGCCAGAGCUGCGCAAAAGUUGAAUUUGGCUUCCAAGAAGAAGAAGCAGAAGACCGCCGCAGUCACAGCCCCAGUGACAUCAUCAUCACCAUCAUGUGACCCCCCUCUGUUUCCGACCAAUUUCAGCUCCGCCCUGUUGAUGGCCCCUCCCCCAGCUCCACCCUGCCUUCUCCGUGCAGCCAAUAAGAUAAAAGACACCCCUGGGCUUGGAAAGGUGAAAGUGAUGGUGCGUGUGUGUCCAGUGUCUCAGUUGGAUGCAGCCGAGUCCAGCUCCUUCCUUAAAGUGGAUCCCAGGAAGAAGCAAAUCACCAUCAUGGACCCUUCAGCCAAUCAGACACCAAACGCUGCUUCCCAGAAAAGGGUGGGAGCCAAUCAGGUCCCCCCGAAGAUGUUCACAUUUGAUGCCGCGUUCCCUCCUGAUGCUUCACAGGCGGAGGUGUGUGCGGGAACGGUUGCCGAGGUGAUUCAGUCGGUGGUGAAUGGAGCAGAUGGCUGUGUCUUCUGCUUUGGACACUCCAAGCUGGGUAAAUCCUACACAAUGAUUGGCCGUGAUGACUCUCUUCAGACUCUGGGUAUAAUCCCCUGUGCCAUCUCCUGGUUGUUUAAACUCAUCAAUGAGAGAAAGGAGAAAACAGGAGCACGCUUCUCUGUUCGUGUCUCUGCAGUCGAGGUUUGGGGAAAAGAGGAGAACCUUAAGGACUUGCUGUCUGAAGUGGCUACAGGCAGCUUACAGGAUGGACAGUCACCUGGAGUGUAUCUGUGUGAGGACCCCAUCUGUGGCAUGCAGCUUCAGAACCAGUCUGAACUGCGUGCUCCGACCCCAGAGAAGGCAGCCUGGUUUCUGGAUGCAGCCAUAGCAGCUCGCCACAGCAGCCAACGCCCCAACACCACCGAAGAAGAACAUAGGAACUCACACAUGCUGUUCACAUUACACAUAUACCAGUAUCGUAUGGAAAAGACAGGAAAAGGAGGAAUGUCAGGAGGUCGCAGUCGCCUCCAUUUGUUGGACCUGGGCAGCUGUGAUGUCAAAGUACUUGGGGGAGGAGGAGGAGGAGGCGGGAAGAGCAGGGAGACCUCUUCACCCAGCUCGGCGCCUCUGUGCCUUUCUUUAUCCGCCCUUGGCAACGUGAUCCUGGCCCUGGUCAACGGGAGCAAACACAUCCCAUACAAGGACAGCAAGCUGACCAUGUUGCUAAGGGAGUCGCUAGGCAACAUGAACUGCCGGACCACCAUGAUUGCUCACAUCUCUGCCUCACCCAGAGAUUUCUCAGAAACCCUUUCUACCAUCCAGAUUGCUUCCCGCGUCCUCCGCAUGAAAAAGAAGAAAACUAAAGUCACUGUGCAAUACACCUCCAGCUCCUCUGGAGGAGAGAGCUCCUGCGAAGAGGGCCGUAUGCGUCGUCCUACCCAUCUGCGUCCUUUCCAUCACCGAGGCGACACCGACUCUGACCUUCCACUGCUGCGACUGUCCAGUGACCCCGACGAGUAUUCGAGCAGCGAGCAGUCAUGUGACACAGUGAUCUAUGUUGGCCCGAAUGGGGCUGCGGUGUCGGACAGAGAGCUGACAGACAACGAGGGACCACCAGAAUUUGUCCCAAUUAUUCCUGCUUUGCUUCGAGGAAAAACGUCAGAGCAGCAUCAAACACAAAGUCAAAGUCAAGCAGCAGGAUCCCAGAGCAAGGUGCCGCCUCAGCCAGAGGACCAGCCCAGUGGCCCCUCUCAGCCCCUGCCCCAGCCCUCUCAGUCACUACUUGGGCAGCCGUUGGCCCCUGUCCCGGAGGAAGGAGCCGAGUGCCUGAAGUGCAACACCUUUGCUGAGCUGCAGGAGAGACUGGACUGCAUUGAUGGCAGCGAGGAGGUUGCAAAGUUCCCCUUUGAAGAGGUCCCAGCAAACAAACAAGGUGCCAAACAAGAGCCAUGUCCAUCUUCAGCUGUCUCAUCCUCAGCUGCUGCUGUUCCCAGCUCUGCUGCUGUGUUGGAUACAGAAGCCAAAACAGCAACCUCCAGGAGGAGGACCAAUGACCAGCAGCUGCAGGAGAUCAAGGAGGUGGUGGAGGAGGCAGAGCUGGCACAGACGAUGAUCCACAGCCUCGCUCAGAGUUCUGGUUCCUCCAUAGUUACUAGUACCAGGAGUGUAACAGGAAGCAGCAGCAUCACUUCUAACCCGCUGAAUAGGAUCAAGGGCUCCCACCUACAAGACAGUAACGCUGACGCAAAGACACGCCCACUAGGAUCACCACGCCUCGGCAUCGCCAGCCUGACCAAAACCUCAGACUACAGGCCUCCGUCCUCCCCGUCGCAGCGGUGUAAAGUGUAUACGCAGAAGGGUGUGAUGCCGGCAACACCCCCUCUGUCCUCACACACUCUAGCUCAAGAUGGCCAGGCCACAGAUGCUUUGACCUCUGACAACAGUUUGGCUGCAGACAGUGGCCGUUCCUCCACAGAGUCCCUGCUGUCCAGGACUUCUCCUGUGGGCAUGAGCCCACAAGUGCGAGAGCCAACUCCGUCUCUGUCUGCCAGCCUGGGCUCAGCUGAGACACUAUGUGACGAUGACGUCCCACCGAUACCCAUGGACACGCACAAGGACGCCUCGGGACUCGCAGUAUCUGUUGGACCUUUCUCGCUUGGGGAGGAUGAACUGGUGUACACUGUGGCUUCUGGAUGUGAGGAGGACCUUGAUGUUGCAGCCCUCAUGGAGACUCAGGGCCUAACCUGUCGUCCGACAAGCAUCAUCAGCUUCAAUAGUGAAUGUGGCUCUGUCACUGCCCUCCCUUCAGGCGCUCAGCACAUCAGCGUCAUCACUGCUACUGCUGAGGAUGGAGCUGUGGAGGAUUAUAACAUGCCUGCAGGUCUGGCAACAACCACAGGAGUUACAGAGGUUGUUGCCAUGGCAGAGGUGGCAAUGGCCAAGUUGCGGAUAGAAGGCGAAGCCUUGGCCACAGUGAUGUCUAACUGUGGUUCGCCUGUCUCCUCCUGGAUGAGUGAUCUGAGCAUGGGAAGUGAAGCUGACCAGUCUCUGCACAGCUUCAGCCAGUCCCAGAGCCAGCAAGGGGAGGCCCUGGCUGAUCCUGAGCCCAACCAGAGCUUCGGAGUCGAGGGGCUGGGAAGUUAUGAAAGUUGUGGCAGCCCGAGAAGAGGGAGUCUGGAGGGAGAGGUGGUGCUGCAAGAGAAUGGGAGUGAUAAAGGAACUCCGACCAAAGACAGGCUGAGGAAACUGCCUCCUUCUAUGGCUAAAACUAACAUUCAAAUUCUGGCAGGACCUGGUAACCUCUCCCCUUUCAAGACCACGAUAAGCAUUCACCAUUGUGUGGCUGUCAAACCCAUCCAGGAACCAGCCAUCCUCUCCUCACCUACCAAGACUAGCAUAAUGAAAGAUGCAGGCAAAUUUAAUGCCCCACUUUUAGCUACUACUUCCAGUGAGAUGAGCUUUGAAGACCCCUGGUUGAAGCGCGGCAUGGAGGACGGGAGGUGCAGAGAGCUUGUGUGUGAAGCAAAGCCAGAGAAAAGGGAGGUAGACCAUUUAAAGAGUCAGGCUGGAGCUGGGACCGGAGACCACCGGAGCUUCUGCAGGGAUGGUGUGGAUCAUGGCAGCUGUAGUUCAGGUGGUGAGGUAGUGUCAUCUCCAGAUUUCUUCAAGAGAGUGGUGGAUGGUUGUGAGAUGGUCACCGUUGUUGCCCAGGGAGACUGCAUGACAAGUAUGUACAGCCCAGAUAUCCACCGUACUGCCAGUCUUCCUCGUGGCUGGCACCGUCUCAACCGACAUGAUGGCUUAGAUAAUGGAAUUGAGUACCGUAAUCUUGGCGUCACCACUUCAACUCCCUGCAGUCCCCGGGCUACACUUGACCGCAGGGGAUCAACUGGAAAACAGGGUUUUUUCUCCCACAAGAAGGGGGGGAUCCCACCUCUGCCACCGGUACGGAAGUCCAGCCUUGACCAGCGCAACAGGGCAGCCAGCCCUCUCCACCAACCCAGUCAUGGAGUCUCGCUGAUGGGCAGUUCAGCAGAUGAUUCAGGGAUAUCCGGAUGUGGCCCCAUAGGUGUCACCAGACAACGAGGCUCCAGCAUAGACAGCAGUAGACUUUUCAGUGCCAAGUUGGAGCAGCUUGCAAACAGAACCAACUCUCUGGGCCGGGUACACAGCUCCCACAGCGGUUCUCACCACUAUGACUGCUUCUCCCUGGAGAGAGGCGAGAGCCUGAGAGGGGGAGGAGGAGGAGUGAGGGGGGACAGCACCAUGCCUCGCACUGGGCGCAGCCUCACCCGUGCUGGAUCAGUAUCUUCUCCUACUGCAAACAUGACCAGCCCCAGUUUCAGUGGCAGUCCCGGUCCAAGCAGCGCUCCACAGUCACCUGCCAAAACCAACGGCCAGUCAAAGAUCUCGGCUGUCAGUAAGCUGCUGAUGACCAGUAGUCCCAAAGGCAGGAGUCUGUCUGCCUCCAGCACCAAGACUCUGAGCUUCUCAACCAAGUCGUUGAGCCAAACUGCCAGCCGCAGCUCCAGCCUUCCUCCUAACGGAAAACCCCAGAGCUCAGUCCAGAGCCCUUUGCAGCAGCAGCAGCAGCAGCAGGGAUCUUCACCUGGAUCCUGGUCUACCCAGUCUCUGAGCCGCAGUCGAGGGGGAAGCCUGGCAGCCAAGCUGCCACUCAGGGCUGUCAACGGUCGAAUCUCAGAGCUUCUUCAGGGAAGUGCAGGCUCCCGUUCCAGGAGUCAUGCCCAGGGAGGAGGCACAGAUCCUGGAGAGGAAAGAGGAGUCGCAGGAGCAAGUGGAGGGGGAGCUGGGGCAGGAGGUGGAGGUGGUGGUGGAGCUGGCCUGGGAGAAGAGAGAGCAGCAGUGGUCCAAACGUUGCCCUCUCCCUACAGCAAGAUCACAGCCCCCAGAAAACCACACCGAUGCAGCAGCGGCCAUGCAAGUGACAACAGCAGUGUACUGAGUGGCGAGCUCCCUCCAGCCAUGGGGAAGACAGCUUUGUUUUACCACAGUGGGGGCAGCAGUGGCUAUGAGAGCAUGCUAAGAGACAGCAGCGAGAACACAGGAAGUACCUCCUCCGCUCAGGACUCCCUCAGUGAACACAGCACAGCCACCACCUCCUCCAGACGGAGCUCCAAGAGCAGCAAGAAGAGCAGGAGCAACACGGGCCUCCAGCGUCGUCGUCUGAUCCCAGCACUGACCUUGGACUCUUCCUCCUCCUCCUCACCCUCUCACCGUUCCUCCAAACAGGCCAUCACUUCCUCUUCUUCCUCCUCCUCCAGCCCAGGUGCCUGCUGGGUAGAUGGCCCACUCGGGCCCCCAGCUCCCUCAAACCUCCGGGGCGCGACAGCAACGACCGAAACCUUUGAGAUCAAGGUAUACGAGAUAGAUGACGUCGAGCGGCUGCAGAAGAGAAGAGACAAAGGAGGGAGCAAGGAGGUGGUGUAUGUCAGUGCCAAGCUCCGUCUGUUGGAGCACCGCCAGCAGCGGAUCAGUGAAGUCAGAGCCAAGUACCAGUGUCUGAAGAAAGAACUGGAGCAAACCAAACAGUACCUGAUGCUGGAGCCACACAAAUGGACCACUGAGUUUGAGCUACAGCAGGUCUACGAGGUGGACUCACUGGAGUAUUUGGAAGCUCUGGAGACAGUGACGGACAAACUGGAGACCAGAGUCAACUUCUGCAAAGCCCAUCUCAUGAUGAUCACCUGCUUCGACGUGUCCUCAAGACAUCGGUAGACAGAGGGAGAGAAGGAAAGCAGGAGGACAGAGAGGUAGACACACAGCUGGACUCUAUUAGAUGUUGAUUAAUCAAACAAAUUUUGAAAAUAUCUCCUAAGUAAAUACAUCUCAUUGGAUGACUGGAUAGAUGGAGGAGGGGGAUACAGGGA